AUCUUUAUUCAUUUGUUAGAACAUAUAACGUCUUCUAUUGCGCGGUAUAAAGUAAAAAGAAGAAACGAUAAAGCAGCUGCAAGAAUAAAAUAUCAUAGAAAAUUGUUUGAAUUUAUUAAGCUGAUAUUUUAAAAACAAGAAAAUCUGAAAUGUCUCGAAUACGUCAAAUGUCGAUUUGUGGUGUUCGAAAUUUUGAUGAACAAGAUCAACCGAGAAUACGUUUCACGCGUCCUUUAACACUUAUUCUUGGACCAAAUGGUACUGGGAAAACAACUUUGAUUGAAUCAUUAAAAUUUGCCACAACCGGUGAUUUUCCACCAGGUUCUGAUAGAGGAAAAGCAUUUAUUCAUGAUAAACAUACAUCAGGCUCUCGUGUAGUAAAAGGAUUUGUUAAAGCUGAAUUUGUAAAUGCUAAUGGAUGUAGUUACACGAUAUGUAGAACAAUUGAGUGUUUGUAUUCAGGUACAACAUCAAGAUUCAAAACUGUAGAUAGUACAUUAAGUAGGAGAGAAAAGGGUACAACCAAAGCAGUAUCAGUUACAAACCGAUGUAUCGAUGUAAAUACAGAAGUAAUAUCAGCAAUGGGUGUUUCCAAGUCAAUCUUGAAUUAUGUGAUAUUUUGUCAUCAAGAAGAAUUGAGUUGGCCAUUAGAUGAUGGGAAAAAGUUAAAAGAAAAGUUUGAUGAGAUCUUUGAAAGCGUUAGAUUUAACAAGGCCCUUGAGAAUUUUUUAAAGUGCAUUAAAAAUAUGGAACAGAGUUUGCGUGUUUUUAAAGUACAAAAAGAUGCAUUGAAAAAUGUUGUUAAUGAAGUUGAAGACAAAGAGAAAAAACGUCAAAAUACUAGGAACAGAUUAGAAGAUACCACAAAUGAAAUAAUGACAAUCGAUAAGGAACUUGAACCUAUAAUUGAAAAAAUUCGUGAAAUUGGAAAAAUGGAUACACAGUAUAAAACUUUAGUAGCUGAAAGAGAUAAAAAGCAAUUAGAAUAUGAUAUCAACAAACAACAAAUUGAAUCAUUAGAAGAAAAUAUACAAGUUUUUAAUGGAAGCAUGACUGAAUUAACUAACCGUUUAGAACAAUAUGAUAAUAAUUUAUUAAAGAAAGCUUCUGAAAUAACAGAGGUAGAAAAGAAGUUGCAACAAAUUGCAUUAAGUGAGGCCAAGAUAGUAAAUAUAAUAACAGAAAAAAGAAUUUCUGUUGGUACAUUAAAGCAAAAAAUGCAAGAUCAAGAAAAAAAAAUUUCUUAUCGUAAUAAAACACUCAAUGAUAUGUUAUCUGAAUGGAAUAUGAGAACACUAGUUGAUAAAAGUACAUCUGAUAUUGAAAUAACAGCUCUUGUUAAGAAUCUUGAAAAUAAGAUAGAAAAUCUUAAGCAUGAAACAGAAGUUAAACGGCAGAAGCGACAUGAAGAAGAGGAAAAGCUCCAAAAAGAGAUUGAUGUACUACGUUCUGAACGUUCAAAGACAGAAUCAGAGAUGAAUAUUAAAGAUAAUGAAGUUACUGAAACAAGAGAUCAAAUAAAUAAAAUUCGUACUGAAAUUACUCAGAUUGGAGUUGCUGCUAAUAAAUUAUGUUCUGUAGAAACAAAACUUAUAGAUAUAAAUAAAAAAAUUGAUGAUUUAUCUCAGUCUUGUGAUGUUAAUAAUAUAAAAGAGCAAAUAAAUGAUGAAACUGCUAUAAGAGAUGCAUUGGAGUUAGAGAUAACUGCUAUUGAUACAGAGAUAGAAGUUUUACAUAAACAUGCUACAUUACAAGCUGAGAUGGCAUUACAUAAUUCAACAAUGGAAACAAAAGAAAAAGAAGUAGAAUGUUUUAAAAAGAAACAUGAAGAUACAAUUAAAAUGUUGCUUGAAAGUGAUACCUUACCUCAUACCAAACUAAAAGAUAUAUUGGAUCCAGUACAACAAAAAUUAAUGGAUCGUAUAGAAACAACGACUCAUGAUAUACAAACAGAACAACAAAAAUUAGUAACUACAAAAACGACGUUGAAAUAUAACGAAGAGGAACUUCAAAAUAAACAAUCAGAAUUGCAGUCUAAUAAACAGAAAAUAUCUUCUGUUUGUGAUUAUAAAGAUUUCGAUGAAGUGUUAUUGCUACAAUCAAAAAAAGUAAAAGAUUUACAAGAUAAAAGAGGAAUAUAUGCAUAUCAAAAUACUGCUUAUAAAGAAUACUUAAAGCAAAUCAAAAAACAAGAUCCUUGUUGCCCUUUGUGCCAUAGAAAUUUUGAUGAGUCAUAUGAGGUAGAUGCUUUAGUAAAAGAAAUGGAAGGUGAUAUCAAAAAUCAACCUGAAAUUCUUAAACAUUGCGAAGCAAAUUUAAAAAUGGAGCAAAAUAAAUACGAUACUAUGUUACAAUUAAAACCAAUUGUAGAGAAGAUAAGUCUAUUGGAAGAUGUUGAAAUACCUAAAUUAGAAGAGAAUCUAAUAAGUACGAAGGAACAAUUGACGAAGCAUCAAGCAAAUAUACAAGAAAAAGAAAAGUUAAAAGCUAUUCCUGAAGAUAUUUUAAAUAAAUCCAAAAGUCUAUUUGAAAAUGUUAUGCUUUGGGAUCGAUUAAUAGAUGAAACAAAUAAUCUUAAGGAAAAAAUACUUAAUAUAGAAGAACUAAUGGUUAAAACAGGAACUAAUAAUACUAGAACUGUCUCUGAGGCACAAGCUCAACGAGAUUCAUUAAAAGCUUCUUUAAAGAAAUCUCGCGAUCAAAUACAGUAUUUACAGACAAAAUUAAAUACAUUUAAUGAGAAAUUGCAACAUGCUCGGGAAGAACGAAACAUCUUGUUUGAAGAACAAUUAAAAAUACAAUCGGAUAUGCAAAGAUUAAAAGAAUUGCGAGAUAAGCAAACAGAAUUAUAUUCACGGCAAGUAAUGUUAAUAGAAUCAGUGCAAAAAUUACAAGAUAGAUUUUCGUCUGAAGACAGCAAGUUAGAAACAGCUGUUUGUCAAUUGGAUCUAUUAAAAAAAGAAAAUUGGAUAAAAGAGGAGGACGACAGAAAAAUAGUGACAGAAAGAGGAAGACAAUUAUUUGAUUUGAAUAAAAUUCAAAAUGAAGUUAAUACUUUCAAUCAAUGUAAUAAUCUUGAUACUUUAACGAAAUUAGAACAUGAGAUAAAAAUUUAUGAAGGAAAAAUUAUUGAAAAUGAUACGGAGAAAAAUAAAUUACAAACAAAGAUUAAAGAUCUAAAGGAUGAUAUCAGUCAUCAAGAAACGCGUAAAAGAAAUUUGAAUGAUAAUCUUAAAUUAAGGAAACUUCAAUUAACUGCACAGGAUUUAGAGAAACAAUGUCAAAAUCUAAAUGAGAAGCUUGAAAAUAUGAAUUACAAGCAGAUGAUGGAAAAGUGGCAAAAGUUCAAAAAUCAUGAAGAAAGUUUGUUACGAAAGAAAAAUGUAGCAAAGGGAAAACAAGAAGAAUUAGAAAGGACAUUGUUGCAAUAUACUGAAGAACUUCAAAAGGAGAAUUAUAGAUUAGCUCGUAAAAAUUAUAUGGAUAAAUGUAUUGAAUUAACGAUACAAAAUGAAGCAGUGUCAGAUUUAAAAAAAUACUGCAAGGUGUUAGAUGCUGCAAUGAUGAAAUAUCAUAAAGAACGUAUGGCGACUGUGAAUAAAAUAAUUAAAAAACUUUGGAAAGCUAUAUAUAUCGGGAAUGAUACAUCUUCUAUAGAAAUUCGUACAAAUGAUACUUCAGGUACUGCGUCUGGGCGUAGAUCUUAUGAUUAUAAAUUAGUUCAAAUAAAGAAUGGAAGGGAAAUGGAUAUGCGAGGACGUUGCAGUGCAGGUCAAAAAGUUUUAGCAUCAAUUAUCAUAAGACUUGCAUUAGCUGAAACUUUUUGCAAAGAUUGUGGAGUUCUUGCUCUUGAUGAGCCAACUACAAAUUUAGAUGAAGAGAACAUGAAUAGUUUAGCGGAUGCUCUCAAUAUGAUUGUGAAAAUAAGAUCGCGAUAUCAAAAGAAUUUCCAACUAAUCGUGAUUAGUCAUGAUGAGAAAUUUUUAGUAAAACUUGCUCAACUAAAUAAUAGCGUUGGCUAUUAUGAACUUUAUCGUAAGGAAAAUGGUCUAUCAUCAAUACGAUUUCGUGAAAUGGGAACAGAUCCCUUUCACGAACCGCUUCCUAAACAAGAACUUGUAUUAUCUGAUAUGGAGGAAGAUGGAAGGAAUGAUAGCUCUCAACAAAUACAGUCGAAAAAAAGAACCUUCGAUAAUAGAAAGGAUGAUGAUAACAAUAGACCAACAAAGAAACGAUUUGUUUUUAAAUUAUAAAAGUAAGAAAUUGAGAGAAUACGUUUUUGUUACCAUAUUGUAUUACAUAUUUAUAUGUAUUUAAUUAUUGCAUAGUGAUAUUGAAGUGCUUAUAAUAUUUGUCAUUAACAAUAAGAAAUGUAUUUUUUAUGAAUAUUUGAUAUUUCAUUUUUACAAAAAAAAACAAAAAAAAAAGAA